GACCCAGUGACCCAGUUUGGAGGCUGUUCGAUAAACAAUCUCUGAUUCCUAACUAAAGACAUCUCUCCUGCGACAAUGUCACUGUCAACUACAGCAUAUGUCAACAUCGGAGUUGCAGUCCUCUCUAUGACCAUAGCCCUUUUGGGCAGCAUUUAUUACGAUAAACCACAAUGUGAGUUCACAUUUCAGUAGCUGCGCUUGCGUUCCCCAAGGAGGAAUCCAUGCAGCUUGGGCUAAGUUUAAUACUUCUGCAGUGCCGUCGCAAAAUCCGAGAUCCAGAGACUCAAAUGCAUCGCCCGAAUCUGCAGAUGGCUCUUCGAGAACAAAGUCUUUGAACGAUCCAAUAUUGGAUUUGCAUGUGCGAUAGCAAAUUGAUAGAUGAGCAUGGAGUGCAUGAGGGGAAAAUGGUAUUUCUUGGAAAGAAUUGGAUAAGGAUGUGCAGGAGCUUUUGGUUAGCACAUUUCGAUUUGUUGGAAAUUGAAAUGCUUCUCGACUUGAGAGUUGAGCACGCACAUGGAUGAGUCUAAGAGGUCAAUCUGCAACGAAAGGGGGGAGAGGAUGAGGCAA